GAUGGCCGCACGGGAUUGCGCUCGCGCUCGCGGCUCCCCUCCCCCCAGGCGCCCGGGAGGCCCGGAGCGCGACGCGCGUCGUCGUGCGCCGGUUACCCUGCGUCCGGGUCGGUGGUCCCGGCAGCUUCUAGACCCGCGCCAUGCGGCUCCUCGGGUGGUGGCAGGUCCUCCUGUGGGUGCUGGGGCCUCCCGCCCGCGGCCUGGAGGUUGCAGAGGACAGCGGUCACUUGCAGUCGGAGGAGCAGCGUGCUCCCUCCCUGGAGGCGGGAGCUGUGUUGGCCAGUGAGGAGGAGCCCCCACGCGGCCUCGCAGGCCAGGACAUGUCAGCAGGAGAGGCCGGUUCUGUGCUGGGGCUGGACCCUGACGGCGACCACGUGGUGAUGCUGUCUGUAAUCCCCGGGGAGACCGAGGACAAGCUGAGUCCCGAGCCCAGCGGUGGCACCUGUGGGGCCCGAGGGGAGGAGGACUCAAGGUGCAGUCUCCGGGAGCACAUCUUCUCUCUGGAUGGCGUGGGACCCGGCUUCCAGGACAGGGAGGAGGAGUAUUACUCAGAGCCUGAAGUGGCCGAAUCUGACCCGGCCCCACCCGAGGACUCCAAUAACACGGAAAGUCUGAAAUCCCCCAAGGUGAACUGUGAGGAGAGAAAUGUGACGGGAUUAGAAAACUUCACUCUGAAAAUUUUAAAUAUGUCACAGGACCUUAUGGAUUUUCUAAACCCAAAUGGUAGUGACUGCACGCUAGUCCUGUUUUACACCCCGUGGUGCCGAUUUUCUGCCAGUUUGGCCCCUCAUUUUAAUUCUCUGCCCCGGGCAUUUCCAGCUCUUCAUUUUUUGGCACUGGAUGCAUCUCAGCACAGCAGUCUUUCUACCAGGUUUGGCACCGUAGCUGUUCCUAACAUUUUAUUAUUUCAAGGAGCUAAGCCAAUGGCUAGAUUUAAUCAUACAGACCGAACAUUGGAAACACUGAAAGUCUUCCUUUUUAACCAGACAGGUAUAGAAGCCAAGAAAAAUGUGGUGGUAACUCAAGCUGACCAAAUAGGCCCUCUUCCCAGCACUUUGAUAAAAAGUGUGGACUGGCUGCUUGUAUUUUCCUUAUUCUUUUUGAUUAGUUUUAUUAUGUACGCUACCAUUCGAACUGAGAGCAUUCGGUGGCUAAUUCCAGGACAGGAGCAGGAACAUGCUGAAUAGCAACGGACUGAAAGGAGACGUCAGGACAAGAAAUUUCAGAAAUUAAUGCUGCACUUCCUUACAUAUUCUCCAGUGAAGUAUAGACUUACAGCUUUAGUCAGAUUAAAAGGAUCAUGCAUUUGUUGAACUGUUGAAUGUGUUAAAAAAUUAUAAAUUGGUCUUUUAAUUAGUACCACAAAAAACAAAUGCAAAUUCAACAGAAGUCACCAUUCUUGUUUUUAUUAAUCCAAUAUUUUAAGGGGGGUAAUCCAGUUUCAAAUGGGAGCUGUGUUCAGGUGGAACAGUGCGUAGAAUGAUAUUUGGCUUCAUAGGAGGAGGAAAUAGGACUUUUCACAGUACAGUUCUAGAAAAGUCUUGAUUCCUAAAAAAUCUUUAUGUCUAAGAAGGUUGGUUUCCUUUCAUUUGCAGUUUUUCUCUCAGAGCCUGUAAGCAGGAAAAUGUUCUGUUGUGGAAGAAAUAGAAUUGAUAAGUGUGACCUUGUAAGUAACUGGGAAAAUAAAAGAGUCAAGUACUUGG